CUGCUUCCGCACUCUUGUCUUGUUUACAUGAGCCGAGGCGCCGUCAUCGGGCAGUUCGCUGUUUUCUCUGAAGAUGACGGAGCCUAAAGCGGAGAACAUCAGCGCAGUUCCCAUCGACGGCUUCAGCAAUGUUAGAAUCACGUCGUUAUGGACGUUCCUCAUGUCGGUGCAGUGGUCGGAGCCUUGGCUCGUCGGACUGCUGCUGUUCCACGUUGUGUGUUUGUGUGUGACGGUGGUGACCUGCAAGUUCUACAGAGCUCAGAUCUUUCACUUCCUGCUCAUGGUCGGCCUGGUGUAUAGUGCUGAAUAUCUGAAUGAGCUGGCAGCUAGGAACUGGAGGUCUUUUUCUAAUUUCCAGUACUUUGAUUCCAAGGGCAUGUUCAUAUCUUUGCUCUACUCGAUUCCUCUUCUGCUCAAUACAGUUGUCAUUGUGAUGGUCUGGGUGUACAGGACCUUUUCCACUAUGACUGAACUGAAGACACUCCAGCUGAAGCGAAGGUUGCGCAGAGAGAAGAGAGAGAAGAGCGACUGAUCUCUGCCCUCAUGUCUGUAAAUGGGCUUCACUGAGAGGAGCUUAGAAUUUCUCCUUUGCUAAUCCCAAAAGUUUGGGGAUGGUUGGCAGAUUCCUCCUCGUGACUAUAAAAAGGAUUGUUCGGUGAUUUGUCUGGACUGGAGGCCCGUUUCUGGAAACGACUGUUGAAUAUACGAGGACCAAAGGACAGUUACUGUUUUGUAUGUAAUGUUGUUUUAAAGUGUGUUAAAAUGUACAAAAAGCGAUAAAAGCUUUUUUGAAUAACUUUCA